CUCUGCGCGCGUAGGUGUGCGGCGCGCUCCUGGCGGGGACAGAGCGAGCAGAUCUCGCGUGCGCUCGCCGCCCGGCGCAGCCCAGCCCGGCCCCCGCCCGGCGCCGCGAGCCGAGGUGUCUCCCGCGCCCGCGCCCGUGUCGCCGCCGUGCCCGCGAGCGGGAGCCGGAGUCGCCGCCGCCCGAGCGCAGCCGAGCGCACGCCGAGCCCGAUCGCCGCCGCCAUGGCCACCACGGUGACCUGCACCCGUUUCACCGACGAGUACCAGCUAUACGAGGAUAUUGGCAAGGGGGCUUUCUCUGUGGUCCGACGCUGUGUCAAGCUCUGUACCGGCCAUGAAUAUGCAGCCAAGAUCAUUAAUACCAAGAAGCUGUCAGCCAGAGAUCACCAGAAACUGGAGAGAGAGGCUCGGAUCUGCCGCCUGCUGAAGCAUUCCAACAUUGUGCGUCUCCAUGACAGCAUCUCGGAAGAAGGCUUCCACUACCUGGUCUUCGAUCUGGUCACUGGUGGGGAGCUCUUUGAAGACAUUGUGGCAAGAGAAUACUACAGUGAGGCUGACGCCAGUCACUGCAUCCAGCAGAUCCUGGAGGCUGUUCUCCACUGUCACCAAAUGGGGGUUGUCCACAGAGACCUCAAGCCCGAGAACCUGCUUCUGGCCAGCAAAUGCAAAGGGGCCGCAGUGAAACUGGCAGACUUCGGCCUGGCCAUCGAGGUGCAGGGAGACCAGCAGGCAUGGUUUGGAUUUGCGGGAACGCCGGGCUACCUGUCCCCCGAGGUCCUUCGGAAGGAGGCUUAUGGCAAACCUGUGGACAUCUGGGCAUGUGGGGUGAUCCUGUACAUCCUGCUGGUGGGCUACCCACCUUUCUGGGAUGAGGACCAGCACAAGCUGUACCAGCAGAUCAAGGCUGGGGCCUAUGAUUUCCCAUCUCCCGAAUGGGACACCGUUACUCCCGAAGCCAAAAACCUCAUCAACCAGAUGCUGACCAUCAACCCUGCCAAGCGCAUCACGGCCCACGAGGCCCUGAAGCAUCCAUGGGUCUGCCAACGCUCCACAGUGGCCUCUAUGAUGCACAGACAAGAGACUGUGGAGUGCCUGAAGAAGUUCAAUGCCAGGAGGAAGCUCAAGGGAGCCAUCCUCACCACUAUGUUGGCCACACGGAAUUUCUCAGUGGGCAGACAGACCACCGCUCCGGCCACAAUGUCCACCGCGGCCUCCGGCACCACCAUGGGGCUGGUGGAACAAGCAGCCAAGAGUUUACUCAACAAGAAAGCAGAUGGAGUCAAGCCACAGACAAACAGCACCAAAAACAGCUCGGCCAUCACCAGCCCCAAAGGAUCCCUCCCUCCUGCUGCCCUGGAGCCUCAAACCACCGUUAUCCAUAACCCAGUGGACGGGAUUAAGGAGUCUUCUGACAGCACCAACACAACCAUAGAGGAUGAAGAUGCCAAAGCCCCCAGGGUCCCUGAUGUCCUGAGCUUGGUGAGGAGGGGCUCAGGAGCCCCAGAAGCCGAGGGCCCCCUGCCCUGCCCAUCUCCAGUUCCCAUUAGUCCCCUUCCAGCCCCGUCCCCCAGGAUUUCUGACAUCCUGAACUCAGUGAGAAGGGGCUGUGGAACCCCAGAAGCCGAGGGCCCCCUAUCAGUGGGGCCCCCACCCUGCUUGUCUCCGGGUCUCCUAGGCCCCCUGUCCACCCCGUCCCCCAGGAUCUCUGACAUCCUCAACUCAGUGAGGCGGGGCUCAGGGACCCCAGAAGCUGAGGGUCUCCCACCCUGCCCAUCUCCGAGUCUCCCUGGCCCCUUGCCCACCCCAUCCCGGAAGCAGGAGAUCAUCAAGACCACAGAGCAGCUCAUUGAGGCAGUCAACAACGGCGACUUUGAGGCCUAUGCGAAAAUCUGUGACCCAGGCCUGACCUCAUUUGAGCCUGAAGCUCUGGGCAACCUAGUCGAAGGGAUGGAUUUCCACAGAUUCUACUUCGAGAACCUGCUGGCCAAGAACAGCAAGCCGAUCCACACCACCAUCCUGAACCCGCACGUGCACGUCAUUGGUGAGGAUGCAGCCUGUAUCGCCUACAUCCGCCUCACACAGUACAUUGAUGGCCAGGGCCGGCCCCGUACCAGCCAGUCUGAAGAGACCCGCGUGUGGCACCGCCGUGAUGGCAAGUGGCAGAACGUACAUUUCCACUGCUCGGGCGCACCAGUGGCCCCACUGCAGUGAGAGCUGCGCCUGGUUUCACCGGACAGAGUUGGUGUUUGGAGCCCAGCCGCCCUCGGGCGCACGGCCUGCCUGUCGCAUGUUUGUGUCUGCCUCGUCCCCUCCCCUGGUGCCUGUGUCUGCAGAAAAACAAGACCAGAUGUGAUUUGUUUUUAAAAAUAAGAUGAUGACAACGACAACCACAUGCAAAAAAAAAAAAAAAAAAAAAAAAAAAAAAAAAAAAGAAAAAAAAAAAAAAAAAAAAAAAAAAAAGAAAAAGAAAAAGAAAAAAAAUUGGCAUCGGAUGAAAUGGGGGAAAAAAAACUAAAGAAAGGAAAAAAGCUGUAAAAAUCUGGCAUUUGUGGGGCCACCCCCCCGCCCAAGCUCCACAUGCGUCUGUUGCGCUCCUGGCUUUGGGGACCCUCAGGGCGUGAAUGUGCCCAUGCUGACCGUGUUAGUCUGUAGGUAUCGCACUCACCCCGCACCUU